UCUGUUCAGGUUCUUUUGUUUUGUGUCUGGUUUACCGGACACCGGAAAGACAAGCAUGUCGCCGGUGGCUAGAAGCAAGGGGUGGAACAGAGAGCAGGAUUUGCACUGUCCUCCAUUUGCUUCCCAGGAGGAGGUUGUGAAGGACCCAGUUGUAUUUUGGGACACUCUCAGGCGAUUCCAUUUUUUGAUGAAUACCAAGUUUAUGAUUCCUGUGAUUGGAGGGUUUAAAGAGUUGGAUUUGCAUAUACUCUAUGUAGAGGUAACAAGAAGAGGUGGUUUUGAGAAGGUUGUUGCAGAGAAGAAAUGGAGGGAAGUGGGUAGUAUUUUCAUGUUCUCACCAACAACAACAAGUGCUUCUUUUGUGUUGAGGAAACACUACUUUAGCCUUCUUUACCAUUAUGAACAAGUUUACUUCUUUAAAAUGCAAGGUCCUCUUUGCAACCCAUCAGUUGCAUUUCCUGUUGGCGGCCGUUCAUGCAAACCCGAAUUGGCUAUUGUGCAAUAUUCCCCCAAAACCAUAAACGACAGUCCGAACCCACAUAUUGAAGGCAUUGGAAGAAUUGAGGGGAAAUUCGAUUGUGGUUAUUUGGUUACUGUGAAGCUGGGGUCGGAGAUUCUUAGUGGAGUACUUUACCAUCCAGAAGAUGAAGGCCCUUCUACCCCGGUUUCGGUUCCCCAAUGUAGUAAUGCACUCGUGCCAUACACCGGAAAACCUAGACACUCCCGUCGGAAAAGGAGAAGCAAAAGAAGGGGAGACCCCAAUUAUCCGAAACCUAAUCGGAGUGGAUACAACUUCUUCUUCGCCGAGAAGCAUUACAAGCUCAAAGCCCUCUUCCCGAACAGAGAACGGGAGUUCACUAAGAUGAUUGGCGAGUCAUGGAGCAAUCUCAAUCCAGAAGAGAGGAUGGUUUAUCAGAAUAUCGGGUUGAAAGACAAGGAAAGAUACAGGAGAGAGUUGAAAGAAUACAAGGAGAGGAUGACAAACAGGAAUACAGUGGAGGUUAACCAGGCAAGCCAGUAAGAGUCAAGAAGUGAAGAAAGUAGAAUUCUAUCUGGCAAUUGUGUGUAAAUAGGGAAUCCAAAUAGAAAGGAGUAUAUAGACUUUGUUAUUGGAAAUCCACAGUUCAUAUUAUUCCUUUGAUUAUGGAGGUGUUCUAGCUUUAUAUUUCUUCUACAAAGUACUUGCUAAUGUUUCCCAACUUAAGCCUUGUAUGCAUUUUCAGUUAUUAAUCAUAAUGUUGUUU